AUGGAAGAAGAUCGAAGAAAGACUAACGGCUCUGGAGGGCUCCAAGCCGAGUCGACCAAAAAGGAGGGUCGCGCGAUCAAGCGAGAACGAAGCGAAGACUCUCUGGCGGCAGAAGAGGCGCCUCCAGUAAUAGUUACUUCAUUGACUCCACCCACAGCGGCAGGCGACGCAAUCAACGAGUCGUCCGAUGUGAAGUCGCCGAAAGCGGCGGCGGGAAAGACGGCGGGAUCGUCGAGCGCGGCGCGGCCGUGCAAGCGGUCGAAGCUGAUCCUGUUUGAGCACCGGCUGCCGCGCGACGGGCACGUGUGGCUCAAGUACGGCCAGAAGGAACUAUCAGGCGGCACGCACACCAGGCACUACUUCCGCUGUGCGCACCGCGUGGGCGACGAGCAGUGCGAUGCGAAGCGCGUGGUGGACUUCAACAAGAUUUCGCCCGCGAGCGACCUCGCCAUCUCGUACAGCGGCCGGCACCUGCACGCGCCGCCCGCCACCAUCACGAUGGGCAUGCACCCCGCCGCGCUCCCCUCGCCCCACCCCGCUGCUGAUGCGUCGCCUGUUGGCGGCAGCAGCGGGUGGGCAGGCGCGUCGCUGGGCGGCGAGCAGCGGCGUUCCGCGGAGCGGGACUGUGUAGCGGAGAGUGGCGGAUGGGCGGAGGAGGCGGGCGUCCCCCAGGCGAUGGGCUCUGCUGCGGAAGUGUCGGGGGGCGUAGCAGCAGCAGGUGCGACUGCUGCCAGUGCUGGGUGGAGGGGUCCUUCGGAUCAGGCCACCGCCACUGCUGCUGGGCUAGCGGCUCAGUGGCACGAAAGGCAGCAGGAGGAGAAGAUGAGGGGGGCGGCGGCGGGGUCAGCUGCAGCUGCAGCAGGAAGAGGGGGCGGAGGAGGAAGCGGUGACUUUAUGGGGCCGCAGCAGGGUGCGGAUCGGUUGGGGGCGAGUGGAGCGCAGCAGCCCAUGCUCGUGCUUGCUCCCGCCCCCCAUCCGCCGUCCGCGUCCGCCUCUGCGUCCCCCCCGCCCCCCAGCAGCAGCGCUGGGUGGCAGCACCCCGCCUCGGAUUCCGCCCCCGUCACCCCUCAGGGCCCCGCUGCGUGCGGCUUGCCAUGGGCCGCGGACGAGGCGUGCGCGGGACGCGUGGGUGCGGCGGAACGCGCUCCUGCUGUUGUUGAGGCGCGGUGCAGCGAGUGCACGUGCGGCACUGAGCGGGUGAAUGCGCAAUUGAUGCAACAGCAGCAGCCCCCCCACUGGGCGCACGAGCAGCAGUAUGAACAGAAACAACAGCACCAGCAGCAGCAUCAGCAGCAGCAAUGGCAGCAACAGCAGCAGCAACAGCAGCAGCAGCAGCAGCAAUGGCAGCAACAGCAGCAGCAACAGCAGCAGCAGCAGCAAUGGCAGCAACAGCAGCUUCAGUUUCAGUACCCGGUGCAACACGACCAACCACAGCAGCAGCAGCAGGAGCAGCAGCAGGUGCAGAUGGCAGGCGCAGCAGCCGAGUGGUCGCAGGGCCAGCAGCAACAGUACAGCAGCGACCACCUUCAAGUGCACCUGAACCAGCCAACUCAGCCCGCCGCGCUGGGCGCAGAAGUGCACGCAGCCGUGAGCGCUGUAGCGUCAGCCCCGCCUGCAGUGGCCCGUCUGAGGCGCGCGGAUGCACGGCUGUCCGCGGACGACCUGCAUUCCAUGGCCGCGCAUGCCGCCCACUGGGACCCCCGUCCGCCCGUGGCACAGCCUGUGCAUGACGCAGUACCCCUGGAGUUGCCGCUUUCUGCUCCCGCUGCCCUCACCUCCCCCCUCGCAGGCCCCUCGGACCCUCUCCCCUUCACAACACUCGCCUUCUCUCAACCGACCGUUGCUCCCGUGCACUUCACGCCCUCCUCCCCCCCGCCCCCUCCGCUCCCCCCGCUCCCCCCGCUUCCCCCCCACUCCUCCCUCCCGCCUCUCACGGGCGGAGACGCCCCCACCGACCCAGCCGCCAUGCCUGAUUGGCUGCGGCGCCUGCAGCGCUGCCGCAGCAGCGUGGCGUGGCAGCUUUCGCAGGGGGAGGGGGAGGGGGAGGGAGAGGGGCAGGGGCUGGCGCAGGGGGAGGGGGAGGGCGGGCCGAGGCGGAUCCUGAUCUCGGAGAACAGCUUUGGCGCGCUGGUGGUGACCAAUGUGCUCACAGGGAGUGCAGGCGCGGGGGUGUGCGCGGGCAGCGGGAAGGAGGGCGCAGGUGAGAGUGGCGGAGCUGUGGUGGGAGGGGUGGCAGGCGGGAAUGCAGCUGUGAUGGCGGGGGGGGUUGGGGCAGAGAUGGGAGGAGGGUGGGCGGGAGAGACAGUGGGGGAGAGUCAGGUGGGGGCAGGGGCGGCGAGGCAGGAGGAGCAGCAGGGGGAGAAGCAGGAGCAGGUGGUGUGGGGGGGGGAGGGUGGCGGGGUGGGGCGGGGGAGGGAGGCGUCGUUUGAUGCAGAACAGCUCUUCUCCCUGCUGCACAGCCUGCCCGCUCUCGACUGCCCCAUGCCUGAGUGA